AUGGAGGGUGGCAAGGAGGCCAUGGAGCAGGCCGACAUCGUCGUGUUCGGCGGCGGCUCGUUCGCCACCGCGCUGGCCUACGUUCUCUCCAAGAACCACCACACCGUGACGCUGCUCACCCGCAACGAGGCCGUGGCCCAGUCCAUCAACGAACAGCACCGCAACCCCAAGUACCUCUCCGCCUUCACGCUGCCGCCCAACGUGCGCGCGUCGACCCGGGCCGAGGACGUGGUGCCGCAGGCGCGCUACAUCGUGCACGCCGUACCCGUGCAGGCCAGCCGGGAGUACCUCCAGCGGCUGGCGCCGCUCAUCGCGCCCGACACGCCGAUCAUCUCCUCGUCCAAGGGCCUGCACACGGAGAGCCUGCGGUACAUGUCCGACAUCGUGCCCGAGGCGCUCGGCCGCAACCAGCCCAUGGCCUUCAUCAGUGGUCCGUCGUUUGCGAAAGAGCUGAUGCAGGACGUGCCGACGGCUGUGGUCGUGGCGUCGGUCGACUCGGUGACACGGGAGCGGGUGCAGCGCCUGUUUGCCUCCCCCUCGUUCCGCGUCUACACUACGGACGAUGUGGUGGGCGUCGAAAUCGGCGGCGCUCUGAAGAACGUGUUCGCCAUUGCUGCGGGCAUGUCUGAGGGCCUGGGCCUGGGCACCAACACGCUGGCGGCGCUCGUCACCCGAGGCUGCUCCGAAAUGACCCGGCUCGCCGUCAAGAUGGGCGCACGCCCCGACACCGUAUCCGGGCUGUCGGGUAUCGGCGAUCUGAUGCUGACGUGCUUCGGCAGCCUGUCGCGCAACCGCACGGUGGGCAAGCGCCUGGGCUCGGGCGAGUCGCUCGAGAGCAUCCUCGCGACCAUGGAGGAGGUGGCCGAGGGCGUGGCCACGACGCCGGCCGCGUGCAAGCUGGCCGAACAGUACGGGCUCGACCUGCCCAUCAUCAAGGCCGUGGCGGCCAUCCUGCGCGGCGACCUCCAGGCCCGCGAGGCCGUGCUCCACCUCAUGACCCUCCCUCUCUCCGACGAGAAGACCUGGUAG